UUACUACCCCCCCGCGUCGUGGGACACGCGCACACCACACUUCCGGAACUGUUAGCACCGAUCAAACGAAGGUGGCUCAGCUGUGCGCAGCCUAGACAAUGUCCGAAGAUUCUGACUCUAUAUCAGAGGAAGAAAGAAGUUUGUUCCGUCCGUUCACGCGGGAAUCCCUGGCAGCGAUUGGGACUCGUAUCGCCGAGGAAGAGGCCAGGCAAAAGGAGCUUCAGCAGAGAAGAGCGGAAGGCGAGGGAGGUUAUGGACGGAAGAAAAAGAAAAAAGAAGUACGGUAUGACGACGAGGACGAGGACGAAGGUCCUCAGCCGGAUCCAAUGUUUGAGCAGGGAGGGCCGCUUCCAGUCCGACUGCACAACGAAUUUCCACCCGAGUUGUCCUCCACACCUCUCGAGGAUAUUGAUACCUUCUACCACAAUCAAAGGACCUUCGUCGUCAUUAGCAAGGGAAAGGAUAUAUUCAGAUUCUCAGCGACGGACGCGAUGUGGUUGCUCGACCCGUUCAACCCUAUACGGCGCGUGGCCAUAUACAUAUUGGUUCACCCGCUCUUUUCCCUCUUCAUCAUCACUACAAUAUUGGUUAACUGUAUACUCAUGAUCAUGCCCACCACGCCCACCAUCGAGUCCACCGAAGUGAUAUUUACGGGCAUCUACACAUUUGAGUCCGCCGUUAAGGUGAUGGCGAGGGGUUUCAUUCUGCAGCCUUUUACCUAUCUUAGAGAUGCAUGGAAUUGGCUCGACUUCGUAGUUAUAGCUUUAGCUUAUGUGACGAUGGGCAUAGAUCUAGGCAACCUUGCCGCUCUCAGGACCUUUCGAGUCCUCCGAGCCUUGAAGACUGUCGCUAUUGUACCAGGUCUGAAAACCAUUGUCGGCGCUGUGAUAGAAUCCGUGAAGAACCUGCGCGAUGUGAUAAUCCUGACGAUGUUCUCCCUCUCCGUCUUUGCGCUGAUGGGUCUUCAGAUUUACAUGGGGGUCCUCACGCAAAAAUGUAUAAAGAACUUUCCUGAGGACGGCUCCUGGGGUAAUCUCACCCACGAGAGCUGGAGUCGAUUCAAUAGUAACGAAAGUAAUUGGUACGUGGACGAGGCUAAAAAUAUACCCUUAUGCGGAAAUUCAUCGGGGGCGGGGACGUGCCUUCCCGGAUACACGUGUUUACAAGGAUUCGGCACUAAUCCGAAUUACGGUUACACGAGCUUCGACACUUUCGGCUGGGCAUUGCUCUCUGCCUUUCGUCUCAUGACUCAGGAUUAUUGGGAGAAUCUGUAUCAACUGGUGCUAAGAUCGGCCGGACCGUGGCACAUGCUCUUCUUCAUCGUCAUCAUCUUCCUUGGGUCCUUCUAUCUUGUCAACUUGAUCCUCGCUAUUGUCGCGAUGUCGUACGACGAGUUGCAGAAGAAAGCCGAAGAGGAGGAGCUCGCCGAGGAAGAAGCUAUGAGGGAAGCCGAGGAAGCUGCAAUAGCGAAGGAGAACAAGCUCGCGGCGCAUGCUGCGGCGCGGGAAGCCGCGGCGCAGGCUGCGGUCGCCGCCGCGGAGGCUGCGGACCAGAUCGUCAAAUCCCCGUCGGAUUUCUCGUGUCACAGCUACGAGCUGUUCGUCGGCCAGGAGAAGGGCAACGACGACAACAAUAAGGAGAAGAUGAGCAUACGUUCGAUCGAGUCCGCCGGCGACCAGAGGCACAUCAAGCAGAUCAACAACAACCACAGCGCUGCCAAUAAAGUGCGGAAAGUCAGCGCCGUCCCUCGCGCCGCUAAUGGCCAGUUUACUUAUGCCUACCAGGAAAGCCUGCGGAAGGCGAGCCUGAGCCUACCCGGCUCACCGUUCAAUCUGCGCCGCAGCAGCCGUGGCAGCCACCAAUUCACGAUACGCAACGGUCGCGGCCGAUGCUUCGUACCGCCGGGCGGCGACCGCAAGCCCCUCGUGCUGUCGACGUACCUGGACGCCCAGGAACACCUGCCCUACGCCGACGACUCGAACGCGGUCACACCCAUGUCCGAGGAGAACGGCACGAUCGUGGUGCCGGUGUACUACGCGAAUCUCGGCUCGCGUCACUCGUCCUACACCUCGCACGCCUCGCGGCUCUCCUACACAUCCCACGGUGACCUGGCCUUCCCCGGUAUCCGCGGCAUCGACAGCAUCGGAAAGCAGAUCACCAAGCAAGAGCAGAUCCUCAGGAAUAGGAACAACAAACAGACGACGCCGGCCAACGGCCACGUUACGGACACCAAUCAGAAAACUUAUCAUUUCACUUCCGAUCUGGAGCAGGAUCCCACGGGCAAGACCAAGCAACAAGACAAUCCGUUUAUCGAACCGUCUCAACAGCACACCGUGGUCGACAUGAAGGAUGUAAUGGUGUUGAACGACAUAAUCGAGCAAGCCGCCGGUCGCCAGAGCCAGACGCCGGAACAAGGAGACGACGAUGAAGAACCUACGUUCAAGGACAAGUUAGUGGCCGGAAUGUAUCGUUGUAUCGACAUCUUUUGCGUCUGGGAUUGCUGUUGGCUCUGGCUCGAGAUUCAAAAGUACAUCUCCCUGUUGGUCUUUGAUCCGUUCGUAGAACUCUUUAUCACACUUUGCAUCGUCGUCAAUACGCUCUUCAUGGCAUUGGAUCACCACGACAUGGAUAAAGACAUGGAAAAAGUACUCAAGUCUGGCAAUUACUUCUUCACGGCGACGUUCGGUAUCGAAGCGACUAUGAAACUGAUGGCGAUGAGCCCAAAAUAUUAUUUUCAAGAGGGCUGGAAUAUUUUCGAUUUUAUCAUCGUCGCCCUUUCGCUUUUGGAGUUGGGUCUCGAGGGUGUGCAAGGUCUGUCGGUACUACGGUCCUUCAGAUUGUUGAGAGUGUUCAAGCUGGCUAAAUCGUGGCCUACGUUGAAUCUGCUCAUCUCCAUUAUGGGCAGAACGGUGGGCGCGCUGGGUAAUCUGACGUUCGUGUUGUGCAUCAUCAUCUUCAUCUUCGCCGUGAUGGGUAUGCAGCUCUUCGGCAAGAAUUACAUCGAUCACGUCGACUACUUUCCGGACGGUGAUCUACCUAGAUGGAACUUCACGGACUUCAUGCACUCCUUUAUGAUCGUUUUCCGAGUGUUGUGCGGGGAGUGGAUCGAGUCUAUGUGGGACUGCAUGCUGGUCGGUGACGUCUCCUGUAUACCAUUCUUCUUGGCCACCGUCGUCAUCGGUAACUUGGUCGUCCUGAAUCUCUUCUUAGCUCUGUUGCUGAGCAACUUCGGCUCAUCGAAUCUAUCGGCCCCGACUGCGGACAACGACACGAACAAGAUCGCGGAGGCGAUCGAUCGAAUAGCGCGUUUCAUUAAGUGGAUCAAGCGAAAUAUCCUUGAUUUUUUGAAGUUGAUGCGAGCCAAACUCACCAAUCAGAUAUCCGAUCAGGCGCCAGAUGGGAUUGAUCGCGAUGGGGACCUAGAUCUUGCAGAUGGAGAAUUGGACGCAUACAGAGACAAGAAGAGCGCCAAAGAGCUUAAUCAGCUUGAGGUUGCCAUUGGCGACGGGAUGGAAUUUACCAUUCAUGGAGACCUGAAGAACAAACUGAAGCGAGGCAAGCUGUGCAUGAACAAUACGAAGGUUAUCGCGAAUUCAAUAAACCACCACGAUUAUAGAUUGGACAACGAUUACAUUAAUCAGAACGAGGACGACACUAUCAGCAACAAGUCGUACGGCAGUCACAAAAACCGCGCAUUUAAGGACGAGAGUCACAAGGGCAGUAUGGACUCGUUAAACGGCGAAGAGAAGAAAGACGCGAGCAAGGAAGAUUUGGAACAGGAGGAAGAUCUAGAAGACGAGGGCGAAGAAGGGGAAGAACUGGGAGACGGCGAGAUAAUAAUCGCGGAUGAGGAUCCUCUUCAGUCCAACUACCCGGCCGAUUGUUGCCCAGAAAAUUGCUACAAAAAGUUCCCAUUUCUGGCCGGCGACGACGACGCCCCGUUUUGGCAGGGCUGGGCGAAUCUGAGAUUCCAGACCUUCCGGCUGAUCGAGAACAAAUAUUUCGAGACUGCCGUCAUCACCAUGAUCCUUCUAAGUAGCUUGGCCUUGGCUUUGGAGGACGUUCAUCUUCAACAACGACCUAUUCUGCAGGACGUAUUGUAUUACAUGGACAAAAUAUUCACUGUCAUCUUCUUCCUCGAGAUGUUGAUCAAGUGGCUGGCUCUAGGAUUUAAGAAGUACUUCACGAACGCCUGGUGCUGGCUCGAUUUUAUCAUCGUCAUGGUAUCGCUCAUUAACUUCGUAGCGUCGCUCUGUGGCGCUGGCGGGAUUCAAGCCUUCAAAACAAUGCGGACCCUAAGGGCCCUAAGGCCGCUCAGGGCGAUGUCUAGAAUGCAGGGGAUGCGGGUAGUCGUUAAUGCCUUGGUCCAAGCCAUUCCAUCCAUCUUCAACGUAUUGCUGGUAUGCCUUAUUUUCUGGCUUAUAUUCGCUAUCAUGGGGGUGCAGCUGUUCGCUGGCAAAUAUUAUAAGUGCGUCGACGCGAACAAGACGACGCUCAGCUACGAGAUAAUACCGGACCGUAACGCCUGCAACACCGAGAACUACACGUGGGAAAAUUCGCCGAUGAACUUCGACCACGUGGGGAAAGCGUAUCUGUGCCUAUUCCAAGUGGCAACUUUCAAAGGAUGGAUCCAAAUCAUGAACGACGCGAUCGACUCUAGAGAGAUCAAUAAACAACCGAUCCGCGAGACGAACAUUUACAUGUAUCUCUACUUCGUAUUUUUCAUUAUAUUUGGAUCGUUUUUUACCCUCAACCUGUUUAUCGGAGUUAUCAUCGACAACUUUAACGAGCAGAAGAAGAAAGCCGGCGGGUCACUCGAGAUGUUCAUGACGGAGGAUCAGAAGAAAUAUUACAACGCCAUGAAAAAAAUGGGCAAUAAGAAGCCUCUAAAGGCCAUUCCUCGACCGAGGUGGCGGCCACAGGCGAUAGUGUUUGAAAUAGUGACGGACAAAAAGUUCGAUAUGGUAAUCAUGCUGUUCAUCGGGUUCAACAUGCUCACGAUGACAAUGGACCAUUAUCAGCAGAGCAAAACGUUCAGCAACGUUCUGGACUAUCUCAACAUGAUAUUCAUUGUGAUAUUCACCAGCGAGUGUCUCAUGAAGAUCUUCGCUCUUCGCUACCACUAUUUCAAGGAGCCAUGGAAUCUCUUUGAUUUUGUUGUUGUUAUAUUGUCAAUAUUAGGUCUGGUGCUCAGCGACAUUAUCGAGAAAUAUUUCGUGUCGCCGACUUUGCUUCGUGUAGUGAGAGUGGCAAAAGUCGGCCGUGUGCUUCGACUCGUGAAAGGUGCCAAGGGUAUCCGAACCCUUCUCUUCGCCCUGGCGAUGUCGUUGCCAGCCCUCUUCAACAUUUGCCUAUUGCUGUUUUUGGUGAUGUUUAUCUUCGCGAUAUUCGGGAUGUCUUUCUUCAUGCACGUCAAAGACAAGAGCGGACUGGACGACGUGUACAAUUUCAAGACAUUCGGGCAGUCAAUGAUACUGCUGUUUCAGAUGUCAACCUCGGCCGGUUGGGACAGUGUUCUCGACGGCAUAAUAAACGAGGAAGACUGCCAGGAGCCGAACAACGAGAUCGGCUACCCGGGCAACUGCGGGUCCUCGACGAUCGGGAUCGCUUACCUGCUCUCGUACCUCGUCAUCAGCUUCCUGAUCGUCAUCAACAUGUACAUCGCCGUGAUCCUCGAGAACUACUCGCAGGCCACCGAGGACGUGCAGGAGGGCCUGACGGACGACGACUACGACAUGUACUACGAGAUUUGGCAGCAGUUCGAUCCGGACGGCACGCAAUACAUCAGAUACGACCAACUGUCAGACUUUUUGGACGUACUGGAGCCCCCGUUGCAGAUACACAAGCCGAACAAGUAUAAGAUCGUGUCGAUGGAUAUCCCCAUAUGUAAGGGAGACCUUAUGUUUUGCGUGGAUAUCCUCGAUGCCCUCACCAAGGACUUCUUCGCACGGAAGGGCAAUCCGAUCGAAGAGUCGGCCGAGCUGGGCGAGGUCCAGGCCCGGCCCGACGAGGCCGAUUACGAGCCGGUCUCAUCCACCCUGUGGCGGCAACGCGAGGAGUACUGCGCCCGUCUCAUACAGAACGCUUGGCGUAAGCACAAGCAGCAGCGUCUCGGCGGACCGAGCGAGGAGAGCGACGACCCGGACACCGACCUGUGCGCCCGGCAGACCAAGGUGCUCGUCGAGAGCGACGGCUACGUCACGAAGAACGGUCACCGCGUCGUCAUACACAGCCGAUCGCCGAGCGUCACUUCGAGAACCGCGGACGUCUGAUCGCCAUCGUCGUCGUCGCCGCCGCCGCCGCCGCA